GAAAUAAAACACACACGUAGAGGGGAAUGGAAUCUUGGAAGAAAGAAGAAGAAGAAUCAACAAGCGGCAGUAAUUUGGAAACCCUAGAUCCAUCAUCCAUGACUCAAUCGGAGAUCCUGAAAGCAGUUGCGGUGGUCGAAAGGGAUUCCGUCGCCAUCGCCGAUAGCUUCUCAUCUUUAUUCUCAUCUCUCCGCCUAGCUCUCUCUGAGGUAACCAGCCGUUCCGUUGAUCAUGUACAAUGCUUUAGUGAUGCUGCUGGUCGUCUUCAGGAAUCUGCAUUAGAUUCUGCAACAAAGGGGAAUCUGUACAUAAACUCGUGCCUCAGAUUGAAUGAGGAAAUGAGAGGCAUCGACACUCUUGCUAUGCAAUUAAAAGCAUUGCGCAAAACCGUUGAUGCUUUGGAUACUGCCGUGAAUAGCCUUGUUCGUCUUCCUUGAUGUUUAUUUAAUUGAUGUAAUAGUAUCAAGUGAGGUGAGGAGUGCAUUGAUUUAGUUAGUUCAAAACAGAUGCAAUAUGCUGGAAAGAGUGCCUUCUUUUAAUGAUUAAAUUCUUGUAUUUGCACAUUUUUUACAUUUAUCAACCUAAAUGAUGAUGGUGUGUUUGUCA